CAGCCUGGCGGAGGCGCCUGCCGCAAGCCGCUGCUCCGAGCGACGACCACUGGUCGACGAGGGGGACGAGGGACGAGCGCCGGGCGCCGCGCCAGCCCGCGCAGUCGAGCGACCAGUCGAGCGGGCAGUCGAGCGGCGGCGGAGCAUGGCCGUCGCGACGAGCCCGCCGACACCGACGCGGCCGGCCGCCGGCAGCCGCCCGCUGCCGCUGCUGCCGCUGCUGCCGCUGCUGCUGCUGGCGCCGCUGCUGCUGGCGCCGCUGCUGGCGCGCCCGGCCCGCGCCACGGGCAACUGGGACAAGGACGACGAGGAUUCGGUGACGACGAUCGAUGUGAGCGCGGUCCUGGGGCGCACGGCCUCGCUGCCCUGUGACAUCGAGCCGUCCACGCGCGACGACCGGGUCUACAUGGUGCUGUGGUUCCGCGAGUCUUCGGUCAAGCCCAUCUACAGCUUCGACGUGCGCGGCCGCGCGUUCAGUAAGGCGCUCAACUGGUCGGACGACAACGCCAUGGGGCCGAGGGCCUACUUCAUGCCGCAGGCGCGCCCGGCCGCGCUGGCCCUCGAGGCCGUGCAGCUCAACGACGAGGGCAUCUACCGCUGCCGGGUGGACUUCCGCAACUCGCCCACGCGCAACUUCCAGGUCAACCUCACCGUCAUCGUGCCGCCGCAUCAGCUGCUCAUCUACGACAGCUCGGGGGCGCAGGUCAAGUCGGUGCUCGGCCCGUACCAGGUGGGCGCCCAGCUGCUGCUGACCUGCGAGGUGCGCGGCGGCAAGCCCGCGCCGCAGCUCGGCUGGCUGGCCAACGACAAGGAAGUGGCUGCGAGCCUCAGCGAGGAGCCCGCCAACAACAUCGUCGUCGGCAAGCUGCUCGUGCACCAGCUCCGCCGCGACCACCUCAACACCACCUACAAGUGCCGGGCGUCCAACACCAACCUCGUGCCCCCGCUGGAGAAGUCCGUGCUGCUGGACGUCUACCUGAAGCCCGUGUCGGUCAAGAUAACGAACAAGCCGCUGACGAUGGAGGCGGACAAGGAGUACUGCAUCGAGUGUCAAGUGGAGGGCUCGCAUCCGAAAGCGCAGAUCAGCUGGUUCGCGGGACACGCGGCCUUCACCGAGGCUCAGGUGGCUGAGGAGGCGAGCGACGGCAGCCCGAUGCUGCUGGUGAGCAGCCUGACGUUCUCGCCGCAGCCCGAGGACAACGGCAAGGUCCUCAAGUGUCGCGGCGAGAACCCGCUGCUGGCCGACUACCAGCUCGAGGACUCGUUCCAGAUGAACGUCGUCUUCCCGCCGAUAGUGCAGCUGGAGCUGGGCAACACGCUCGACGCGGCCAACAUCAAGGAGGGCGACGACGUCUACUUCGAGUGCAAGGUGCGCGCCAACCCCGAGCACCACAAGAUCAGCUGGCGGCACAACGGCGCGCCGCUGGCGCACAACCAGCCGGCCGGCGUGAUCAUGAGCACGCAGAGCCUGGUGCUGCAGCGCAUCGAGCGCGCCAACGCCGGCAACUACAGCUGCUUGGCGAGCAACGACCGCGGCCAGACCAGCAGCUCGCAGGUGGCCCUCCGAGUGCAAUUCGCGCCGAGGUGCGCGCGCAAGGAGGUGCAGCUGGUGGGCGCCUCGCUCGAGGAGUCGGUGCGGCUGCGCUGCGAGGUGGAGGCCGACCCCGCCGGUGCGGUCGACUUCGUCUGGGAGUUCAGCAACAGCGGCGAGAACUUCGAGGUGGCGCCGGCCGGCGCGCGGCUCGACCGGGGCGGCGGCAACGACAGCGAGCCCGCCGCGGCCGGCGGCGGCGGCGGCCGCCGGCUCAGCAGCAGCGAGCUGCUGUACACGCCGCUGUCGGAGCGCGACUACGGCGCGCUCAGCUGCUGGGCGCGCAACGCCAUCGGCAAGCAGGCGCAGGCCUGCCUCUACCAGGUGGUGCCGGCCACGAGGCCCGGCCCGCCGAGCAACUGCAGCGCGCGCGCCUGGACGCCGCCGGCGCCGGCCCGGCCCGAGGAGGUGGACGGCGCGGCCGCGCCGGAAGAGGCCGAGCAGGCGGCCGAGGCGGACGAGGCAGCCGCCGCCGCCGCCGCCGCCGGCGCCGACGAGCCGGCGCUCGAGGUCGAGUGCGCGCCCGGCUACGACGGCGGCCUGCGCCAGCACUUCUGGCUGGAGGCCUACGAGCUGCCCUCGGGCCGGCUGCGGCUCAACCAGUCCAGCCUGGCCGGGCCCGGGCCCGAGGCGGCGCCGCUCUUCCGGCUGGCCCUGCGCCGCCUGCUGCCCGCCGACCAGCUGCAGCUGCUGCUCUACGCCGGCAACGCCAAGGGCCGCAGCGAGCCCCUGGCGCUGGACGAGCUGCGCCUCAGCGAGCUGGGGCUGCGCGCGCGCGGCGUCGCCGGGGACGGGGCCGCGGACGGGCCGGGCGCCGGCGGCCUCGCGGGCCUCGUGCUGCUGGUCGCGGGCUGCCUGCUCGGCCUGGCCGGCGCCGCGCUGGCCGUGCUGCUGCUCGUCUACCGGCGCCGCGGCAGCACCUCGCCCGUGCACGUCGAGCCCUACAUGAAGCAGCCCAUCAUCAGCCCGCCGACCUCGCGCAACAACUCCAUGCUCGACCUCACCCACCAGCACCACCAUCACCACCAGCAGCAGCAGCAACAGCAGCAGCAGCAGCAGCUGCAGCUGCAGCAGCAACAGCACCGCCACCACCACCACCAUCACCAUCACCCGGACCACACCUACUUCGUGGAGUACACGCUGAAGCAGCCCAGCCUCGGCCAGGCCGACUACGCGGCGUUGGCCAACCAGCCCGACAUCAUCCAGUCGCCGCAAGUCGACCAGGACAAGAUGAAGCCGCGGGAGCCGCAGCUCUUCCUGCCCGUCAGACCCGACACGCUGUUCGCGCCCUACGACGUGCACAAGCCCGGCCUGCAGAGCAACCGCUGCACCCUGAACCCCUUCUCCGCCAAGUCCUGGGAGCCCAUCAGCUUCAAGGCCGACCGCAACCUCAUGAAGGAGAUCAUCAUCGCCAACUCCAUCCCGGGACCCGAGAGCUGCGUCUAACCGGUCCUGGCCCUCCUCCUCUCGACCCCCACCCCGCCCCGCGCGCAAGCUGCACGUACGCACGCACCUCGCCGCCUGGGCGAAAGACCGUCGCGCGCGCCAGACCUACCGGUACCUACCGAGGCGAACUCCGCGUCCCCGCUGUUGC